CCGAGCCGGGGCGGAGCCGGAGGAGGAAGAUGGUGGAGCGCGAGGCCGGGCGAGCGGCUCCGCGGAAGGCUGCUUUCCAGGUGGGCCGCCCAGCCCAGCGCCGCCGCCGCCGCCGCCUCGGCCUCCGCUGGGCGCCCUGAGUGCGGCGGGCGCCGCGGCUCCCCAGACAGCCUCAACACACAAAAUGUCAAUAGAAUAAGUGAGGCUCCCUCGAGAACCUGCCAUGAACCAUUUUGAGGGACCAGCUGAAGGAGAGGUGAAUGAUGAACUCAGGAGUAGAGUGGUGAAUGAAUCUGUGGAGGCUGACCUGGAACAUUCUGAGGUAGAGGAUGAACAGCCCCAGUAUGCCAGCCAUUACCCGAGAUGUGCCAACAGCAGCCUUGAAGGACGUUCUCGACAGGAAGAGGAGGAGGGCACGUUGGCACGGUCAGCUAGCACGGAGAGUGGCUUUCACAACCACACGGAUACUGCUGAGGGAGAUGUCAUAGCCCCAGUGGAGGAUGCCUAUGAAGGAGACCGCGUGCUGGACAAUGAGGAUGAGAGUGCCUAUGCAGUGCAGUACAGGCCCGAGGCAGAGGAGUACACAGAAAAUGCUGAGGCAGAACAUGCGGAGACGAUUCGUAACCGAACUCUCCCCAACCACUUGCACUUCCACUCCAUUGAGCACGAGGAAGCCAUGAAUGCUGCUUAUUCAGGUUAUGUGUACACCCACCGGCUCUUCCACCGGGGGGAAGAUGAGCAGUAUGCUGAGCCCUAUGCCGACUAUGGGCUGCAGGAACAUGUCUAUGAGGAGAUAGGCGACACGCCUGACCUGGAUGUUCGGGAAGGCCUUAGACUCUACGAGCAAGAGAGGGAGGAAGCUGACAACUAUCGAAAGGAAGCUCUCGGUGCCCGACUCCACCACUAUGAUGAGCGCUCUGAUGGAGAGUCUGACAGCCCUGAGAAAGAGGCAGAGUUUGCUCCCUAUCCAAGGAUGGACAGUUAUGAACAAGAGGAAGACAUUGACCAAAUUGUGGCUGAAGUCAAGCAGAGCAUGAGUUCUCAGAGCCUGGACAAAGCUGCUGAAGACAUGCCAGAAGCAGAGCAGAAUGUGGACCCUGGUGAUGCUCCUGCUCAUGUUCACCAUGAAAGCAACCGUCCGCUGUCCGUUGGCGCUAGACCUACAGUUAAUGUGGGAGAUCCAGUGCAGAGAUACAGCAAGGAGAAAAGGGAUGCAAUAUCCCUGGCUAUCAAAGACAUUAAGGAAGCUAUUGAGGAAGUGAAGACUAGGACCAUCCGUUCUCCUUAUACCCCCGAUGAACCCAAAGAGCCCAUUUGGGUGAUGAGACAGGACAUCAGCCCAACCAGGGAUAGGGAGGAUCAGGGUCCACUAGAGGGAGAUUCUCCAUCUCCUGAUUCAUCUUCCCCACGAGGCGCUGAAUCAUCAGGUCUGCAGCAUCACCAAGAUGUCUGUGGAACAGCAGAAACCCCCACCAAGAAGGAGUCAAGAAAAAGCUUGGCUUCUUUCCCAACCUAUGUUGAAGUUCCUGGACCCUGUGAUCCUGAAGAUUUAAUUGAUGGAAUCAUAUUUGCUGCCAAUUACCUUGGCUCUACUCAGCUUCUUUCAGACAAAACUCCGUCAAAGAAUGUGAGGAUGAUGCAGGCUCAGGAAGCUGUGAGCCGAAUCAAGAUGGCCCAGAAAUUAGCCAAAAGCAGAAAGAAGGCCCCUGAAGGUGAAUCUCAGCCCAUGACAGAAGUUGACCUCUUUAUCUCAACGCAGAGAAUAAAAGUGCUGAAUGCAGACACUCAGGAGGUGAUGAAAAUUCCCUUUAAUGUGGAAAACGAAACUAUGAUGGAUCAUCCUCUGAGGACCAUUUCCUACAUUGCAGAUAUUGGGAAUAUAGUCGUCUUGAUGGCUCGCAGGCGAAUGCCAAGAUCUAAUUCCCAGGAUAAUGUGGAGGCAUCUCAUCCCUCCCAGGAUGGGAAGAGACAGUAUAAAAUGAUCUGCCAUGUCUUUGAAUCUGAGGAUGCACAGCUAAUUGCACAGUCCAUAGGUCAGGCAUUUAGUGUGGCCUACCAGGAAUUCUUGAGGGCCAAUGGGAUAAAUCCAGAAGACCUGAGCCAGAAGGAAUACAGUGACCUGCUCAACACCCAAGACAUGUACAAUGAUGACCUGAUCCACUUCUCUAAGUCUGAAAAUUGCAAAGAUGUUUUCAUUGAGAAGCAGAAGGGAGAAAUUCUGGGUGUAGUAAUUGUAGAGUCCGGAUGGGGAUCCAUCUUGCCUACUGUUAUCAUUGCAAAUAUGAUGCAUGGAGGACCAGCUGAGAAAUCGGGGAAGCUGAACAUAGGGGACCAAAUCAUGUCCAUCAACGGGACCAGUUUGGUUGGCCUACCACUCUCUACCUGUCAGAGUAUCAUAAAGGGGUUGAAAAAUCAGGCUAGAGUUAAGCUGAAUAUAGUCAGAUGCCCUCCAGUAACUACUGUCCUUAUCAGAAGACCAGACCUCAGAUAUCAACUUGGCUUCAGUGUUCAGAAUGGCAUUAUCUGUAGCCUUAUGCGAGGAGGCAUUGCAGAGCGAGGAGGCGUACGAGUGGGUCACCGAAUCAUUGAAAUAAAUGGGCAAAGUGUUGUAGCAACACCUCAUGAAAAGAUUGUUCACAUUCUUUCAAAUGCUGUUGGUGAGAUUCAUAUGAAGACCAUGCCAGCUGCCAUGUACAGACUCUUGACCGCACAGGAACAACCGGUUUACAUCUAAAGUUGUCGCAUCCAGUGUGCAGGGGAGACACUUUUCCUCGUUAGUGGAGUUUUCUUGUGCUGCAUUUUUAUUUCUGCAGCAACAUGUCUCACUCUUGUUUCUCACCUUUUAUCAUUCUGUGUACAAGAUGACAUUUUGGGUUGCACCUUUUUACUACUAGUUUUAUGUAAUUCUUCACAAAACGGAAAACUAACCAAGAAUUUCUUGUUCACGCGCGCACACACACAUGCACACACUUGUUCCAGCUACAUCAUUUUAUGCCUCUCUGGCUGUUAGGAUAGAAAAUAAAGUUAGAAAGCUCUUUUUACCAAAUAGGUAAAAUUCUUUUCUUUGAGUGACAGAAAGGAUGCAGAUUUGUUCUAUCCUACAUAGCUGCUGUUAGGCGUAUGUUAGCAACAAGCUGACAAUUUUGCCCUAAAGAAAAAGUUGUGAUGUGUUUGAAAAAGGAAAUGGGAUGACACCUUGUCUUUCAGGUGAGCUCUGCUUUCCUAAUGUAGCUCAAGACCUGUCUAUGAGGAGGGGGCUGCUGCUGGGUUCUGCACACCCCAUGCUGAAAAUCCUCUGGGAAUAAAAUGUACAUUGUCUAGAGAUGAUGCUGCAAGGUCUUUCUCCACCACCUCACACACUCCCCAAAGUCUCCUAUUUGUCAUGUGUAGCAUGAUUUUUCUUGCAAUGGCUUUUCUGUUCUGUACUUUCUAAGAUUGAGUGGUCCACCAGAAACAGUGUGGGGUGUGUGGACAAUACUGCUGUCAGAUCUUAACUUUCUAACUUUUUUUCCAUUUGUGUAUGUAUGAAUGUGUCUGUGGGCAGAUAGGCUGUCACAUUUUAAAACAGUAUGCUUGAUAUUUAUGUAUUUCAGCAAGUCUACAUGCAGUUCCAAAUGGUUUUGUUUUGAGCCAGUUUACUUCUAACAUAUCUUUGGUCCAAAAGUUUGUAUUUAAUUUUUUUUAAAGAAAAUUUCUCAUUAAUUUUGGACCAUAGGAAAAUAGUGGAAGGUAUAAACUUAAUUUAUUUUGUAAUAUAUAUAUAUAAAUAUAUAUAUAUAAAUAUAUGUAAAGUUAAUCCCAUGCCUGGGAUACUAAAAGGGUAUGCUCACUUACUGUAGAUGCUCGUGCAAUGAAAGAGCAUUCCAAAAGGUUUUGGUCAUAAUAUUUAAAAUCAAAGGAGUCCAUAGACUGUAAUAUGCUCCUGUGGCACCUUAAACACUUAAAAAUUUAUUAUGGCAUGAUCCUUUUUGGGGCAGAGCCCACAAAAGAUUGUGUCAUUCACAAUACAUGUGUUGCUCUUCAAGGGGUCCCAGUAUUCUUUGUAGGAAAGAGAGCUGCAUUUCUGGAACCUAAUAUUGUGUGUAGGGGGUAGGAAAUCUGGAAUACUACUGAUAAAGUGGUAGCCCAAUUUACUGUCCAGGGCAACACUGACGUAUCAGGGGAAGGGGUUGGGGGUGUUUGCAUGUUGCAUGGAUAUGCACACAUGUUGCAGAUUCUGAUGGGAUUCAGUGCCCUGUAUGGGUGUUACAUGUGGAUCCUACUUCCCACUACAGCCAUGGAAGUUCUAGGAAGGAAAGGAGCUGGUUGUGUAACAGAUGCUUGAGCCACAACCAAGCCCUGCGAUACACACAAGUUGUUAGGGAGGCUAAGGAAUGGAAUGUUAAUUCCCUUUCUUUAUUCACAAACGAAUUGUUCAUGUACAGUUGCAUAAUAUUGCCCAUAUACAGGGUGAGUCCUUUAAAAGAAGCCCUGUGGAUACAGAGUACACAUUUUCCACGGGGCCUCUUUUAAAAGACUCUGUAGUAGUCUUAUAGGAGAUAAUAAGAGAGAGAGAGAAAUAUUUCAACCUGGGCAAGUCUAGCAACAAUAUCUUCCUCACUUGGCUAACCCCUCAGCCCACGGAAACCAAGAGGCAACUCUGCUUUGGAGGGGGCAGGACUUGUGCAUAUUUGGCUGCAUGUUUUGGCCGGCGUCAGAUGCUAUUGCUUUAUUGCACCACCGCAAAGUGGUGUGGACCUGGACAGCAUGCUAGAUAAGAAACCAUUAGCAAAUGUAUGUAAGCAAAGUCUUUUUCCAAAAAAAUUGGCCACAUUUUUUCCAAAGCAAAACCAGAAGAAUUAUUUUCAGCUUAUUGAAGUUAAUUAGCUGUGACACAGGGGGAGUGAGGUGUAAAUGAACAAAAAGUUGGAGAGGGAGAAAAAGCCGCCCUGUGUCUCAAAAAUGGCCUUGAAAAAUGUGGAUUUUGUGUAUGUCAUUACAGCUUUUCUACCGGGACAAUGGGAAGCGUGCAAGGAUUGCAUUUUCACUUCUGAAAUAGGGAGUUGCAGUAGAAAAGAGAAGUAUCAGUAUCCUUUUGACUAGGCCAAAUAAUGAUGCAAAGAAAUAUUGGAAUUGAAUAUCUUCAGAGUAACAACACUGCACAACUCUUUUAUUAAAUUAAAGGGAUUCUAAGCCACAGGAUCUCUAAAGAUAGUAAUACUGGUAUUCCAGAUUAACAGCCAUAGUUUGUACUUAGUCUGAGGCUACCUAGAUUCAGUAAGAUGUUUUGAAUGGACUUUACACAACAGCACACAACCCCUAAGUUCCUUAACUAAAUGCAAAAGUAGCAAAUGUAGAGAACAUAUAAAAUUAAAUUAUACAUAGUGUUGUUCACAAUUUUUUCCUACCAACUCCAACUAACCUAUAGCCCUUUCUUCCCGCUUCCCAUAAGGAAACACACUUUCUUCCUCCUAAGCCAGGCAUACGCAAACUCGCCCUCCAGAUGUUUUGGGACUACAACUCCCAUCAUCCCUAGCUAACAGGACCAGUUGUCAGGGAUGAUGGGAAUUGUAGUCUCAAAACAUCUGGAGGGCCGAGUUUGCCUAUGCCUGUCCUAAGCCAUUAUUCAUCUUAUUGACACCCAGUCAGGAAAAUCUUGUUUCUCUAUAUACAGAACAGCUUUUCCAGAAAAUCCCUGAAUGAAAAGCUGGUCUUGAAAGCCCAACCACUCAACCAUGUUGACUCACAGAAUAGAUCUCUUUCUUUUUCAGGUUUAGCCAAGAGGCUUCUUUUCACAGCUGUUAUUAAGAAACAUCCAAGAUACUAGGAUAUAAAUGGGACUGGAAUGGAUAUAUAUAAAUAAAAUCAGACCAUUACUGGUGGAAACUUAACCAUGUCCUUAACUCAAUGUCUUUCCAAUUAUUACAUGGGAGUAAAAUUAUCAAUGUCCUAAACCUCUUUGCUCUUUAUUGCUCCAUCAUAAGUUUCACAUUGCUUUCACACACACACAGGGCUAUCGCACACAGGGCCUCACAGGUGCAGUGGAAGGGGGAGCCAGACAUGGAGACAAACCGCUGCUACUGCUUAGAACUGCAGAAGUUUGGGAGAGUGCUGUCACAAUUACAAAAAACAUUGUCAACUGUGUUCACAUACAACCUGGUUCAUGUGGACAUUUCUCAGCACGGUUGCAGUGUUGUGCUGCUUGUACAUAGGGAAUCUGACUUGUGACCUGAUUUCCAGCUCUAGACCUCUCAAUGUUAAAGAACCAUAUGGACUGAAAGGUUAUCUUAAAAUUGAUGUUUUAACAGCUUGUUAAGAAAUUCUAGUAAGCAUUACGUACUGUAUUGGGAUCAAAGGAAGAAUUUAUUUUAUACUUCAAGUUUGCUAAACUCAGCAAGAAUGAUAGUUGCCUACUUGUAUACUUUAUUAAUUCUUCCAUGUUUACAAAACAGUUGAAAUUGCCUCUUGAUUUACCAUUUUACUAUGUGUGUGUCUGAAUUGCAUUAUAAUUUGCAAUAUGUUUUGGGAUUUUUCAAGUACAAGCUUUUGGGGAGAGGGAGGGGAGGUCUUUGUACUUCUGGGAAUAAACAGAAAUCUGUGUCUGAAGAUGGCAAGCGUGUUUGUGUGUGUGUGUGUGUGUGUGUGUGUGUGUGUGUAUACAUAGGGACUGAGCACAGUACUAAAGAAUAUGAAAUUUAUACUACUGUUCUGUAAAGAGGGUGAGUAGAAAUCAUUGAAAUGCGUCAGGAGAAGUAUAGUAUUGUAUUUGUAACAAUAUUGUUCUUGUAAACACUAAACUUGAUGAGCUCUCUCUCUCUCUACAUAUAAAUGUGAACCUGGAAUGUUGGUACUGCACAUUUACUGAAUGUAAUUUCUCAGAUUCUUAUCACAGGUUUCUGGCCCCUUUCUCUGUAAUGCAGCUUGUGGGUGGGAUGGGGUGGUUAUUUUUUUACUUUAUUUUUAAUUUUUUGGCCUCUGUUUUGUUGUGAUGUAUUCAUGUGUGCUACAUUCCUUUACUUAACAGAGUGCUAAUGUCUGUAAGAUUUGCAACAAUAAAAAAUGAAACAAACCAAAAAAGGCAUUA